UCCCGCCUUGGCGUUUCCAGCGGAUGUUCUCCAAGCGCCAAGAAUCCCUGGGAAGCCCGAUCGGAUGGACCCGCUCCUGGCCGGCGUGGAUGCUCUACUGUUUUCCUGCCUCUCUGCGGCGACGGCGCCGCUUCCGCUCCAAGGCCAGGAGGAAGACCCCGCGGCCUUGUGGGUCGUGUGAAUGGCGGCUCCCUGAGCGUGUCGCGCUGCUCGGGAGGAACGGAGGAGGUCUCGCCGAGCAGGGCGCGCGAUGGCGGCGAUGGCGGCCAAGCGGUGGUGGUGGGCGGCGGCGGCGCGGGACUUCUUGAGCCGCCCCUUCUUCCCGCCCGAAGCCCGCCGACUCUGCAGCAGCACGAGUGCCGGACUCCCAAAAGUCAGGCAUGUGAGAGAGCCCCCCCGACCGAAAGAGGUUGACAGGUGGACAGAGAAGCGAGCGUUGUUUGGGGUGUAUGACAACAUUGGAAUUCUGGGGGAUUUCAUGGUUCAUCCCAAGGAACUUAUAAAAGGCCCAGCAUGGCUCCGUGGGUGGAAAGGAAAUGAGCUACAGAGAUGUAUCCGUAAAAAGAAAAUAGUGGGUGACCGGAUGUUUUUAGAGGAUUACCACAAUCUCAACAAGAGGAUAAGAUAUCUGUACAGUCGAUUUAAUCGAUAUGGAAAGCAUCGUCAUUGAGAAUAGUUCCUCAAGAACCACAUCUAUCUCAAACUACAUGGUGCAUUCAAGUAAAACAUCAGUUAUCUUUAUGGCUUUGGCAUUAUCAAGAAAGUUAUGUGAAAUUUUACUGAUGAUAUUCUUAUUCUGGUUUUUCUAAGCUGUAUCUGUCUUCUGCUUUACCUACUAAUGUAUUCUUGCAUAGUGCACUGAAAUUCUACUCCUGUAAUCCUCCCUCUGCUUAAUCACCAGAAGAUGCCACCUUUUCUGUGGUUUAUGUCAUGUUUCUGUACACGACAGUAUGAGAAUUUUGUAACAUGUUCCUUGAUUAUAUGCACCCCAAAUAUUUGUCUACUAGACCUUUGUUUUAGGAUUAAAAUGACUUAGUUUAAGGAUACAAUGACAUUGCUAUGAAUAUUAAUUAUAAGUAUAAGAUGGAUCAUCUUGGCAAUAUGAAUUUCAUUUUUCUAAUUUCUUUUUGUGCCUACCCAUCUCUGUUUAUGAGGAAUGUGUUGCUUUCCACAUAUUUAUGGAUUACAGGUCUCAACAGCUAAGGUAGCAAGUGAUGAAGAAAAUUGGGAGGGCCGUUUUUUAGUGAUGAUGUGGAUUGCUUUUCCUUGUACUAUUUAUGUUAAGAUUAUGGCCAGAUCAUAGCUUGUACUAACCAUUUAGACACACUGUCCAAAUUUUCCUGGUGUUGGUAAAUUCCAGGAGGGCCAGAUGUGCUGCGGGAAAAUCUUCAUGCCCUGGAUCCCUCCCAAUACACUGAGUUAUUCUGAUUACACAGUGCUCCAGGGAGUUACCAAAAACCACAAGAUUAAGUUCUUUGCUUUGUAUGCCAACGCUGCAAUAUAGGAAUACCAAAAUAUCCACAAAAUAUAAAAGCACUUAGUAGGUGAUCAAGGUAAGGCCCUUCUUUAGUGCCAACAAUCCUUUUGUUCCCAGAAAUAACCAAGCUGUUAUAAAAAUUUUCAUUUCAUUUAACGAUCUUACAAGAAAAAGGCAAAACUUCCAAACACUUUCAGAAGUCACAAAAAAGUCAAAAGCUGUGCAGCAAAUAUAUAUUCAAAAAGAUUUAAAGCUUGAGGCAAGAACACUUCCAGAACAGUUGCCACAAGGAAGUAAGAAAGCUAGCUGAUCUAAGCUAAUACUUAGAAAAAGACAGAAUAUCAACAUGGUUUCAGAGCAUACAUAGAAUAUAAGUCAGGCAGCAAUGCAAAAGAUGAGCAUAGAAGUCUCCAAAGAGAUACCAGGCUAAGCAAUUUCCUUCUCACUUUUAUACCUAUCAUUCCUUUUUAGACUUUUCAAGGAGAUGUUCCAAUCAGGCAGCAAAUUGCCCCAAUAUUUCUUGAAGAAGAGAGUAACUUCUUCAAAGUGACUUCUCUCCCCCUCCCUUCCUCUUUGCUGAAACCAUUCCUUGUUAAAGCGCUGUACCAAGUUGUGAGGGGCCUUGAAGAUUCCUCUCUCACACAGUGAUAAGGUUUCCCAUUUAAUGGAUACUUUUUUGCCCCACUCCUGGCUAGCUCAUCCCAGGCACAAACAGGCCUGUAUUUCAAAAGGGCAACUGAACCCAUGAUCCCCUAUCUACCCAAUCUCUUGACAAUUCAUUUUAAUAACAUGUUCUAAGCCUUUAGUGUAAAGUGCUUGGGGCAAUGAACUGCUUUGUGUUUGUUAAUCGAAAUUCAGAAUAAAUGACUGAAAUCUUGA